AUGGGGAAACCAUUGUUCUACGAGAUCCUUGAAAAACCCGCCACUAGUUGUAUUAUAGGAUUAUGCACUUUAAUUUGGUUCUACAUACACAAGAAGAACAUCGGGUAUUCUCAUGUGGGUUUGAGUUAUGAAACGGCUGUCGAAGGUCACCAUUGGAGGAUCAUAACCUCUGCAUUUUCGCAUAUAAGUGUUCUUCAUCUUGUUUUCAAUAUGAGUGCACUUUGGAGCCUUGGAGUUGUUGAGCAAUUAGGGCAUAUGGGUUUUGGAGUGGGUUAUUAUCUUCAUUACUCGAUUGUUUUGGUAGUGUUAUCAGGUUUGCUAGUUUUGGGAAGCUACCAUGUUCUUAUCAAUCGAUUCAAAUUUGAGUAUUUCAGAAGAGUUACUGCUGUUGGGUAUUCUUGUGUUGUUUUUGGAUGGAUGACGAUUCUUUCAGUGAGGCAACCUUCAUCAAAAUUGAAUCUUUUUGGGUUUCUUUCACUCCCCAUUAGUUUUGCCCCUUUUGAAUCGCUUAUAUUUACUUCAAUCAUUGUUCCACAAGCAAGCUUUUUAGGGCAUUUAUCUGGGAUUAUUAUCGGGUAUUCGAUUGCUUGGGGUUUGAUCCAUGGAAUGAAUAAUUAUUGGGCUGUUUCUAUGUUGGGAUGGAUUUUGAUUGUUUUUGGUAUCAGUUUGAAGCAAUCGGGUGCUUAUGAUUUUCAGUUUCUUGAAAUUGAAUCUGUUACAGAUCCUUGUUUACCUGGUAAUGGCAGGAUGUUGCAAAUGAGCUCUCUUUUGGAUGCUCGUGAUGAACUUGUAUAG